AUGGCCAUGCCCUUUCUCGCACAGAAAGUACUUCAGAAUCUGCACUUUCCAUUUUGCUGUCGCUGGUGUGGGAAAGUGUGUUCAUCGAUGAUCAGUUUAAAACAACAUGAACGAGUCCACACAGGGGAACGCCCUUUCAAAUGCAGCCAAUGUGAAAAAACAUUUGCCCAAACUUCGAACUUGAAAAAACACUUUGGUCGUGUUCAUAGCGGAGAAAGACCGUUCGUUUGUCAAUUCUGCGAUAAAGCCUUCAGUGUGAAUGUUGAUCUUGAGCGCCACAUGCGUACAAGGAAUUGCCCAAAGUUGAAAUUGAACCCGAACUUGACAGAACAUUCCCAAGAAGGGAAAGACAACAAGUCAAAGACUGUGAAUGUUAAUGGCAUAUUCCCUAGAGGGACGGGACAAAAGGACGAAGACUGCGGACAUCCGGUGCAAGAAUCUGACCAGCAAGUGCAGGAAUAUUCAUUUCACACAUUGUAUUUUUCAAAGCUGUAUCUGAUGAGAAAGAUCCACUUCCACACCAAAUGCACCAAGGAACGAUCGUUAAUAUUGCGAGACACUGGCCAGUUUCCACUGCAACGACCAAUGCAAACGAAAUCCUGGAAGGAUCUCCCAGCUAGGAAAUUUCAACCUUAUGUCUGCAAGAUCUGUGGUGUCACACUCCGCGCAAGCCAUGGUCUUAAAAUGCACAUGAGGAGACACACUGGUGAAAAACCAUAUGUGUGUCCGCAGUGUGAUCGGGCGUUUCCUCAUAAGAACUCUCUUCAGAGACAUGUCAGGCUACAUGGACAGACUCCAUAUAAAUGUCCAACAUGUGGCAUGGGAUUCAUCCAGGCAAUUUCUUUGAGACAACAUCAGAUUGAUCAACAUCGUGGAAUAUUUGACCCAACUGACUUGAACCUUUGAAAAUGAAUGCUACAUUUUCAGUUCAAAUAAUGAAAGUACUUAUUAGAACCUGUGAUUGAACUGUUUUAUACCUCUGAAUACUGAUGCAUGCUUUCUUCAAAUUGAGACGUUAUUGCUUUUAACUUUUUCCGAGUCAUUUUGCAGUAACAGUACUGAUGAUUAUCUUCCAUUGUACUCAACUCCAGUUUUGGUGCAAAAUCAUUUGUUUUCAUUCAGUUUUAACUCAAGUGAGGUCAGGUCUGUAGAAAACACUGCCUGUGUUGCAUUCUAAAGGUGUUCACCAAUGGGAGCUCCUUUGUUCUGCAUCUUCUGUAUUGAUUGUUUUGUCGGACUAAAAAAUAAUAAAAGCACACAAUAAUUGGCUGUAAUCUUGUACUCUGUCUCGUUGCAGACUAGAC